AUGGCAUCAGGAGGAUCUAGUGAUAGAGAGGACAGGAUAAAGAGGAGAAAUAUGAAUAAGGAACUGGAAAAAUUACAAGAACAAAGACAGAUGCUUGUGGAUCAGAUAAGGAAAGAGAGUAAGAUCGGACAAGGUGUUGAUACGAAAACUGUAGAAAAGAGUGACAUCGAUAAGCAAAAGAUGGAAAUAAGUAAAACGGAACGGGAUAAGAGUAUAAGGUCAGAAGACCAAGGCAAAGUAGACAGAAGUAGAAUAGAAUUAAGAGAUAAAGCUGGAAGUUUGAACACAUCUCUGUCAUCAACUGGGAGUAGAAAGAAACAGUCAAAGGAGAAGGAAAGAAAAGAUGAUGAAAGUGAAAUGUUUAAGAGAUUAGAUAGUUCAUUGAAAGUGUUGAGAAGAAAGAUGAGUUAUCUUGAGUCAACAAGAGUUAAAACACAUGGAAGAACAGGAGAUAAAAGUGAUGAUGAUGAAAGUAAAGUUAAUAUGACCAGUACUGAUAAAGAAAAAGAGGAAAAACAAGAAGUGAUGUCUGGAAGUAAGUUGGACGAUGAGAUAGCAGAGUUAAGUAAAAAGAGACACGAGAUAGAACAAAGUAACGUGGAAAGAGAAAUGAAACUGAAAGAAGCAACAUUAGAGAAACGAUUAAAAGAGAUUGAAGAAAGAGAAAGAAAGGAUAAUAAGGAAUUAGAAAUGAUGAAGGCCAUAUUGCAUGAAAGAGAAUUGGAGAUAAGUAAUCGAGAAGUAAUGAUGAAACGGAAGGAGACGGAAUGGGAGGAGAAGCUAAUUGCAAGAGAUCGUGAUAUGAAAAUAUAUGAACAGAGACUGAAAGAUAUGGAAAGAACAAUGAUAGAAAGGUUUGAUAGUUUGGAAAAAGAUAUUAAAUUACGAGAAAGCAUGACUGAGGAGAAAGAAGCAGACGUAAGACGCAGAGAAGAAAGUUUGGAAAGGAAAAUACACGAAAGGAAAGAAGAAAUAUUUGACAUUAACACAAGCUUGAAGGCAGAAGGUUUAAGUAUGAAAGAAGGACAAUUGAACAGUGGGACAAGAGGGGUAGAUAUGAAACAAAAAGAGACAAGUACUGGAUUGAAAGAAAUAGAAUUAAAAUGUAAAGAUGUAGAAAGGAUAGAGGAGAAAACAAUGCCCAAAGACAAUAAUGAAAGUAGUGAACAAAAGGGAAAAGAGUUAAGUGAAAGUGAACAAGCACUUCAUGACUUAGAUAAGCAAAUCAGAGAAUUACAAGUUAAGAAAGAGUUGCUAUACAGUAAAUCAAAAGAUGAGUUGAACACUGAAAGAAAAGAGUAUAAAGAAGGAGACUCCAAAGAUAAGAUAAAGAGAGAGGAAACAGAAGUCGCUAAAAGUAAAGAUGAUACAAAAUACACAAGUACGCUAGAGAGUGUGAAGGAUAAUUUAAAUGUUAAAUUAAACCUUACACAGUAUUCCGGAGCAGAACUAAGGCCCAGAAAUGAAGCAACGUUUGAAGAGUGGAAAAUGGAAGUUGAGAGUGUACAGGCCACUUAUUCGGAAAUUGUUGUUAUGCAAGCAAUCAGAAAGUCCUUAAAGGGUCAAGCAAAACGAAUUAUGUUGCACCUUGGACCAAACACUACCGUGGAAGAAGUAUUACUAAAAAUGGAAGAUGCCUUUGGAAACGUAGCUAGUAAGGACAGUAUACUAAGUCGUUUCUUUAUGGCAGAACAGGAAGAGAAUGAGACGGUAGUGGAGUGGGGUUUACGAUUGGAAGAUAUGUUGUUACAGGCCUCACGGAAGGCAGAGAUUACAAAAGUAGAAAAGCAAGAAAUGUUGAAAAAGAGAUUUUGGAGAGGACUUAGGAAUGAACAGUUGAGAAAUGCAACAAGGGUGCAUUUCGAGAGUACUACAGGGUUUGAAGAAUUGAGAAACAGAGUGCGAUCAGAAGAGUAUGAAAUUAAAGUAGAAAAAGAAAGAAGCGGGUCCAAACAGAAACAGGGUGCUAUUCCAAAAGCGAGACAAUACCGACAAAACAUAGAUAAAGAUGAAUGUCAGGAAAGAGAUGAUUCAGAAAAUGUGUUGCAGAAACUGAUCGAGAAGAUGGAAAUGCUUGACAAGAAAGUAGAAGAUCUAAAGAAGGAGAAUGAAACACGCAGAUCCGAAGGAGAUAGAGAUAGGCGAAGUGAUUAUGCUUAUAGGUAUAACAGAGGACAACCAAGAGGUCAAAGACCAUACAGAGGUCGAUUUAAUAGAGGAAGAGGUAGAGAUAAUGGUCAAAGAGAACAGCAUAACAAUGGCCAAGAUCAGUCAGAAAAUAAACAGCAACCUUUAAACAAGUAG